AUGGCCUCAAUCAUUAAAGCUUUAGCACCGGUGGUGAGGCGAGUCGGCACAUCUGCGUCUGCUACAAGACCUGCAAUCAGACUUAGUAGACAGAGCAGAAUAUAUCAACAUGCCCGUCCCCUCUCCGCAACCACUCGCCUUCAUUCAGACCCCAUCGACAUAACUGAGAUUCCUCCUACUCCCAUAUCGCACCUUUCUGAAAUCGAGCUCGCCAUGUCUGAAUCUGUGUCGAAAUUUGCGAAUGAUAUCAUCGCGCCCAAAGUACGGGAUAUGGAUGAGGCUGAGAGCAUGGACCCCGCGGUCGUGGAACAGUUGUUUGAGCAGGGACUUAUGGGAGUUGAGAUACCAGAGGAGUAUGGCGGUGCGGGAAUGAACUUCACCGCGGCGAUUGUGGGGAUUGAGGAAUUAGCCAGGGUCGAUCCUAGUGUGAGUGUUUUAGUGGAUGUGCACAAUACUUUGGUCAAUACUGCGGUCAUCAAAUAUGCGAGUAAGGAGUUGAAGAAUAAGUGGUUGCCAAAAUUGGCUACGAAUACUGUUGGUUCAUUCUGUUUGUCUGAACCAGUAUCUGGAUCUGAUGCUUUCGCCCUUGCCACAAAAGCUACCAAAACAGAUUCGGGAUAUACAAUUUCUGGAAACAAGAUGUGGAUUACCAAUUCCAUGGAAGCAGGGUUUUUCAUUGUAUUUGCAAACAUUGAUCCAAGCAAAGGUUACAAGGGAAUUUCAGCUUUCAUAGUUGAGAAGGGUAUGAAGGGAUUUUCUAUUGCUAAGAAGGAGAAGAAGCUCGGCAUCAAGGCUAGCAGCACGUGUGUUCUAAAUUUUGAUGAUGUGGAAAUCCCCAAAGAGAAUCUUUUGGGAGAAGAGGGUCAAGGUUACAAAUAUGCUAUUGCCCUUCUGAAUGAGGGCCGUAUCGGAAUUGCGGCUCAAAUGACUGGGUUGGCUCUGGGUGCAUUCGAAAAUGCUACUAAAUACGUUUGGAAUGACCGAAAGCAAUUUGGACAGUUAGUAGGAGAUUUCCAGGGCAUGCAACAUCAAAUCGCACAGUCUUAUACAGAAAUCGCCGCAGCUCGUGCUUUAGUCUACAACGCUGCACGCAAGAAGGAGGCAGGUGAGGAUUUUGUUCAGGAUGCUGCUAUGGCUAAGUUAUUCGCCUCUCAAGUCGCUCAAAGAGUUAGUGGAUUGGCUGUUCAAUGGAUGGGUGGUAUGGGAUUUGUUCGUGAAGGAAUUGCAGAGAAGAUGUGGCGAGAUUCGAUGAUCGGAUCUAUUUAUGAGGGAACGAGUAAUAUUCAAUUAACAACGAUAGCAAAGUUGUUGAAGCAACAAUACAAGUCCUAG